CCACAACAAAAAAUUUCCUUGUUUAUUCAAGGAAGACAAUUUCUUAUCUAUUACUCCGCGUCUUAUCAAAAUAGUUAAUAACCGCGGCGAAAGGUGACACAAAAAAAGAUGUCUAUCUAUAACGAUCUUCCGGAGGAACAUCCACGAAAACUUAUACCCGGACUAUGUCGGCAGUUUUACCAUCUUGGCUGGGUAACCGGCACUGGAGGAGGUAUGAGUAUUAAAUACAACAAUGAGAUUUACAUAGCGCCGUCCGGAGUACAAAAAGAGCGCAUGCAGCCAGAUGAUUUGUUCGUACAGGAUGAUGACGGAAAGGAUAUACAGCUACCCCCAGAUUACAAAAAACUAACGAAAAGUCAAUGUACACCACUAUUUAUGUUGGCUUAUCGGCAUCGCGGUGCGCAGGCCGUAAUACACACGCAUUCAAUGCAAGCAGUAAUGGCAACUUUGUUGUGGCCUGGCGAGGUUUUCCGUUGUACACAUUUGGAGAUGAUUAAAGGUAUUUACGACGAGAACUUGAAGCGUUACUUACGUUAUGAUGAGGAGUUGGUGGUGCCCAUUAUAGAAAAUACGCCAUUUGAACGAGAUCUAGCGGAUAGCAUGUAUGCAGCUAUGCUUAAGUAUCCUGGUUGCAGUGCUGUGCUGGUUCGACGACAUGGUGUAUAUGUGUGGGGUAAAAGUUGGGAGAAGGCUAAAACUAUGUGUGAAUGCUACGACUACCUCUUUUCUAUUUGUGUGGAUAUGAAAAAGAACGGCUUGAAUCCAGAGAAAUUCGAAUGAAAAAAUCGGGAAUAAAGAAACAAGAAUUUACUGUAAUUCACUUCAGCCGAAAAGUUGUUAUCUGCUUUAGUUGAAUAUUUUUUAUUUGUAGAGAAAAGUUUAAAUAUAUUUUUAAAUACACAGCUACACUUUGAUACAACCAAA